AUGUCAUUUCCGCACCGCCACCUGCUCGGAAUCAAGGGGCUUUCGGAGCCAGACAUACAUUAUUUGCUCGAUCAGGCGGAUGAGGCGGUGAAAAUCUCCCGCCAGCGCGAGAAAAAGACCACCACCCUGCGUGGCCUGACCCAGAUAAAUCUUUUCUUUGAAUCCUCGACCAGGACACAAGCCUCGUUCGAACUGGCCGGAAAACGGCUCGGUGCGGAUGUGAUGAACAUGUCGGUCGCCAAUUCGAGCGUCAAAAAGGGUGAGACCCUGGUCGACACGGCGAUGACACUCAACGCCAUGCGCCCCGAUGUGCUGGUGGUGCGGCAUUCGUCUGCCGGUGCUGUGGCUCUGCUGGCGCAAAAGGUCGGCUGCCCGGUGAUCAAUGCCGGCGACGGUGCGCAUGAACACCCGACCCAGGCGCUGCUUGACGCGCUGACCAUCCGCCGCGCCAAGGGCAAGGUCGGACGGCUGAUUGUCACCAUCUGUGGCGACGUUCUGCAUUCCCGCGUUGCCCGCUCGAACAUCCUGCUGCUCAAUGCGCUUGGCGCGCGCAUCCGCGUGGUCGCGCCUUCGACGCUGCUGCCAUCAGGCAUCGCGGAUAUGGGUGUGGAAGUGUUCCAGCGCAUGGAAGACGGGCUGAAAGAUGCCGACGUGGUGAUGAUGUUGAGAUUGCAGCGUGAGCGGAUGGCCGGUUCCUUCGUGCCGUCAGUCCGCGAAUACUUCCGCUAUUUCGGCCUUGAUGGCCAAAAGCUCAAAUCAGCCAAGGACGAUGCGCUGGUGAUGCACCCGGGACCGAUGAACCGAGGCGUUGAAAUCGCCUCCGACAUUGCCGACGGUCCGCAAAGCGUGAUCGAACAGCAGGUCGAGAUGGGGGUCGCGGUGCGGAUGGCGAAUGUGCGGAUUGUCGAUCCUUCGACCGGCAUGGACGAGCUUGGCGAUAUCGUCAUAGUCAACGGCAAGAUUGCGGCCUGCGGCACUGACGCCCGCGGUUUCAAGCUGCCUUCCGACGCCGAGAUUGAGGACUGCGAAGGUCUGAUCGCUGCUCCCGGGCUGGUGGACGCCUGUGUUCAUAUCGGCGAACCGGGCGCUGAACACCGCGAGACGAUUGCGUCUGCCAGCCGGGCGGCGGCUGCGGGUGGCGUCACAUCGAUCAUCAUGAUGCCCGACACAGACCCGGUGAUUGACGACGUGGCGCUUGUCGAUUUCGUCCAGCGGCUGGCGCGCGACGAAGCCAUCGUCCGGGUCUAUCCGGCGGCAGCCCUGACCAAGGGGCUUGCCGGCGAGGAAAUGACCGAGGUCGGGCUGCUGCUCGACGCCGGCGCGGUGAUGCUGUCGAACGGCCGGCACACGGUCGACAACCCGGCGGUGAUGCGCCGGGCGAUGACCUAUGCGCGUGACUUCGGCACCGUCAUCGCCGUGGCGACCCAGGACCGGCAGCUCGGUGGUACCGGCGUGAUGAACGAAGGCCUGUUUGCAAGCUGGCUGGGCCUGCCCGGAAUCCCGCGCGAAGCCGAGAUCAUUCCGCUCGAGCGCGAUCUGCGUCUGGCGGCCCUCACCCGGUCCCGCUACCACGCGAUGAGCGUUUCGGUGCCGGAAUCGGCCGACAUCAUCCGCGCCGCCAAGGCCCGCGGGCUCGACGUCACUGCGGGGAUCUCGAUCAACCACCUGACCCUGAACGAGACCGAUAUCGGCGAGUACCGGACCUUCUUCCGGCUGUCGCCGCCGCUGCGGACCGAGGACGACCGCACCGCCAUGGUCGCUGCCCUGGCGGACGGCGCCAUCGACAUUAUCGUCUCGGCGCAUGAUCCGCAGGAUGUCGACACCAAGCGGCUACCGUUUGCCGACGCCGAGAAUGGCGCCAUCGGGCUCGAGACACUGCUUGCCGCAGCGCUGAGGCUCUAUCAUUCCGGCGAUGUUCCGCUGAUGCGGCUGAUCGAUGCGCUGUCGACGCGUCCGGCGCAGAUCCUGGGACUGGAUGCGGGAACGCUGAAGACCGGCGCACGCGCCGAUAUCGCGUUGAUCGACCCCGAGUAUCCUUGGGUUCUAUCCAAGGAUGAUAUCGUCUCGAUGUCCAAGAACAGCGCCUUCGAGGACGCCAGGUUCACCGGCAAAGUGUUGCAAACACUGGUUGCAGGUGUCACAGGUUCCGGGGAGGAAGAACGCACCGUGCCUGAUCUGAUCGACUGGACCCUGUCCACUCCCUUGAUGCUUGCAUCGCUGCUGUUUGGCUAUCUGUGCGGCUCGAUUCCGUUCGGGCUGAUCCUCACCCGCAUGGCCGGGCUCGGGGAUGUGCGCUCCAUCGGUUCGGGGAAUAUCGGCGCCACCAACGUGCUGCGCACCGGCAACAAGAAACUUGCGGCCACAACCCUGCUCGCCGAUGCGCUCAAGGGAACAGUGGCGGUUGUCGUUGCUCGCCAAUUUGUUGGCAUGGAAGCUGCGCUGAUCGCCGGACUUGGCGCAUUUUUGGGGCACCUUUACCCGGUAUGGCUGAAAUUCAAGGGUGGCAAGGGGGUGGCGACCUAUCUCGGCGUGUUGCUCGGCCUGGCGCCGGUGAUGGUGCUGGUGUUCGCCGCGGUCUGGCUCGGCAUGGCCAAACUGUUCAAAUACUCAUCGCUGGCGGCGCUCGCCGCAGCGGUGGCGGUGCCGAUUGCACUUUAUCUAUAUGGGCGGCCCGAAGUGGCGUCGCUGUUUGUGCUGCCGGACCUGUCGCGGCGCGGCGGAUCUGCGCGCACCAUUAGGGUCGCAAGCGUUGAAGAAGCAGAGCGGGAACUGGAAGCGGCAGAGAAAUUCGGUGCCGUCUUUAUCGGUAUCGGCGAACCAGACUACCCACCGGCGCUCAGGCGUAUCGACGGUGCGCCGCCGCUGAUUGCGGCUAUCGGUGACCUGGCGCUGGCACCGCGGGCUGCGGUGGGGAUCGUCGGUUCGCGCAAUGCCUCGGUGUCUGGUGCCAAGAUGGCCGCACGCAUGGCGCGUGAACUCGGAGCUGCCGGCUAUGUCAUCGUAUCUGGCUUUGCCCGUGGGAUUGAUGCGGCAGCCCACCGGGCAAGCCUUGAAAACGGCACCAUCGCGGCCCUCGCCGGAGGCCUGGAUCAACCCUAUCCGCCGGAAAACAAUGAACUCUACAAGGACAUCUGCGCCGGAAACGGUCUCGCGAUCAGUGAAAUGCCGAUGGGCUGGGAGCCGCGGGCGCGAGACUUUCCGCGGCGCAAUCGUCUGAUUGCCGGCAUCGGCCUGGGACUGGUGGUCAUCGAGGCAGCCCAACGCUCGGGCUCGCUGAUCACCGCGCGGCGGGCCGGCGAUUUCGGCCGGCUGGUGUUCGCAGUGCCAGUGGUAGUGGAAUCGCCUGCGAAGGCAAAAACGAUCAAUAAAUACCUCGGAAGCGAUUACAAGGUCCUGGCCUCGUUCGGCCAUGUUCGAGACCUGCCGGCCAAGGAUGGAUCCGUUCUUCCCGACGAGGACUUCGCCAUGUCAUGGGAAGUCGAUACGGCUUCCAACAAGCGGCUCAAAGACAUUACCGAAGCGCUCAAGGGAGCAGACUCGCUGAUCCUGGCAACUGACCCGGAUCGCGAAGGUGAAGCGAUUUCCUGGCAUGUGCUGGAAGUUCUCAACAAGAAAAAGGCGCUCAAGGACAAAAAGGUCUCCCGCGUCGUGUUCAACGCCAUCACCAAGAAAUCCGUUCUCGACGCGAUGGCCAAUCCGCGCGAGAUCGACACGCCGCUGGUGGACGCCUAUCUGGCGCGCCGGGCGCUCGACUAUCUGGUCGGCUUCAAUCUCUCACCGGUGCUGUGGCGCAAAUUGCCCGGCGCCCGCUCUGCCGGACGCGUGCAAUCGGUGGCGCUUCGCCUCGUGUGUGACCGUGAAAGCGAGAUCGAGCGCUUCAUCUCUGAGGAAUACUGGCAGAUCGCGGCGGAGCUUAAAACGCCGCGCGGGGAAGGUUUCACCGCGCGACUGACGUCGCAUGACGGUGAGAAGAUCACCAAGAUGUCGGUCACCAAUGGCGACCUUGCCGGACAGAUCAAGGACAUGCUCGAGGGCGCGUCGUUUGUCGCCGACAGCGUUGAAGCCAAGCCGACACGACGCAAUCCGUCCCCGCCGUUCACCACAUCGACGCUGCAGCAGGCUGCCUCCUCCAAGCUCGGCUUUAACGCCUCGCGCACCAUGCAGGUGGCGCAGAAGCUUUAUGAAGGCAUCGACAUCGGUGGCGAGACCGUGGGUCUAAUAACCUAUAUGCGGACCGACGGCGUGCAGAUGGCGCCCGAAGCAAUUGACGAGGCGCGUGCCGCCAUCGGAACGCGGUUCGGUGACCGUUAUGUGCCGGAAAAGGCCCGCCUCUACUCGACCAAGGCCAAGAAUGCGCAGGAAGCCCAUGAAGCGAUCCGCCCGACCGGGUUCGAGCGGGCACCGGACGAGCUGAAGAAAUAUCUCGAUGCCGACCAGCUCAAGCUUUACGAUCUGAUCUGGAAGCGUGCGAUCGCCAGCCAGAUGGCCUCCGCCGAAAUCGAGCGCACCACUGUCGACAUCACCGCCUCCAAGGGCGGCAAGACGGCAGGCUUGCGCGCCACCGGUUCGGUUGUUCGGUUCGACGGCUUCAUCGCCGCAUACACCGAUGCCAAGGAAGAUGGCGAGCAGUCAGACGGCGAUGGCGACGAUGACGGCCGGCUGCCGCAGAUCAACGCGCAGGAGGCGCUGGCCGGGGACAAGAUCAAUGCCUCGCAGCAUUUCACCGAGCCGCCGCCGCGGUUUUCGGAAGCCUCGCUGAUCAAGAAGAUGGAAGAGCUCGGCAUCGGCCGUCCUUCGACCUAUGCCUCGACGCUGGCGACCUUGCGCGACCGCGAAUAUGUGACCAUCGAGAACCGCAGACUGACACCUGAACCCAAGGGCCGUCUGGUCAUCUCGUUCCUGGAGAAUUUCUUCAACCGCUAUGUCGAGUUCGGCUUCACUGCCGAUCUGGAAGAAAAGCUCGACCGGAUUUCGGCCGGCGAACUGGCCUGGAAAGACGUCUUGCGCGAGUUCUGGACGGAGUUCCAUGCGCAUAUCGACGACACCAAGGAACUGCGCGUCACGCAAGUGCUCGAUGCGCUGAACGAGGCGCUGGCGCCGCUGGUCUUCCCCGAACGGGAAGACGGCUCAAACCCGCGCAUCUGCCCGACCUGCGGCACCGGCAAUCUGUCGCUGAAGCUCGGCAAAUACGGCGCCUUUGUCGGAUGCUCGAACUAUCCCGAUUGCAACUUCACCCGCCAGCUCUCGUCCAAUGGCUCGGAUGCCGACGCAGCGCUUUCCAACGAGCCGCAAGAAUUGGGCAUGGACCCGACCACGGGGGAACCAGUCACAUUGCGGACCGGUCGCUUCGGCCCCUACGUCCAGCGCGGCGAAGGCAAGGAAGCCAAGCGCUCCAGCCUGCCCAAAGGCUGGGAAGUCGCCAGCAUCGAUUUCGAGAAGGCCCUCUCGCUGCUGGCCCUUCCCCGCGACGUCGGCGAGCACCCGGAAUCGGGUAAGAUGAUCACCGCCGGGCUUGGCCGCUACGGUCCAUUCGUGCUGCAUGACGGCACCUAUGCCAAUCUCGAAAGCGUGGAGGACGUGUUCACCAUCGGCCUCAAUCACGCGGUCACCGUGAUCGCCGAGAAGAAGGCCAAGGGGCCAGGCCGGGGGCGUGGCACACCAGCUGCGUUGAAAGAGCUGGGGGAUCAUCCCGAUGGCGGCGCGAUCACCGUGCGUGACGGCAAAUACGGUCCUUACGUCAACUGGGGCAAGAUCAACGCCACCCUGCCCAAGGACAAGGUCCCGACUGAAGUGACGGUUGAGGAGGCCCUCGAGCUGAUCGCCGCCAAGGCUGCUGCCUCAGGCAAGAAGACCAAGGCGCCGGCGAAGAAGGCCACCAAGGCCAAACCGAAAGCAGCUGCCAAGAAACCGGCUGCGAAGAAGACUGCGGCAGCCAAGAAAGCCGCAGCCGCCAAGGAAAAGAAGGACUGA